GUUUAUUCUGCACGUGUCCUGGUUGGCUGGUUCAUGGUGAUCUGGAGUAGUACUUACUGAUCUGCAGAGAUCUAGAUCUGAUUGCACCGUGGAUGUACAUCUAUUAGCCAUCAGCUGACAAUCUCUAUGGCUCUUUCUGGGCCACGCACAAAUCUUUCUUUUUACCUCACGCUUGCAGAUCGAGAGUGAACUGCACUAGCUACGAACUCAUCUAGGUAAGUGAGGAUCGGAUCAAUCCAUGGCGCCCUACAAGAAGGUCCUCAUGCUGUGCGGCGACUACAUGGAGGACUAUGAGGCCGCCGUUCCGCUCCACGCGCUCGCCGCCCUCGGCGUCGCCGUAGACUGCGCUGCGCCCGGCAAGCGCCCCGGCGACGCAUGCCUCACCGCCGUCCACGAGUUCCUCGGCUUCGAGCUCUACACGGAGCUCCCGGGGCACCGGUUCGCGGUCACCUCCGACUUCGCCGCGGCGGCGGCGGACCCAUCGCGAUACGACGCGCUCAUCGUCCCGGGCGGACGGUUCGUGGAGCAGCUCAGCACGGACGACGCGGCUGUGCGGCUAGUGGCGGCGUUCGCAGCGCUGCGGAGGCCCGUCGUGCUGACGUGUCACAGCCAGCUGCUGCUCGCCGCCGCGGGGGCCAUUGGCGGCGUCCGGUGCACAGCGUUCUUCAGCAUGAAGCCCGUCGUCGAGCUCGCGGGCGGGAAGUGGGUCGACCCGGACCCCUUCAGCCUCUGCGUCGCUGACGGCCACGUCCUCACCGCCAUAGGCUGGCCCGCGCACGCCGAGAUCAUCAGGGAGCUCCUCGCCGGCAUGGGCGCGCGCGUGCACGGCGGGCGCGGCCAGGCCAUCCUCAUCCUCUCCGCCGACUACGUCGACGACUACGAGGCGAACGUGCCGUUCCGGGCGCUGGCCGGCGUGGGGUGCCGCGUCGAGGCCGCGUGCCCGACGAAGCGCAAGGGCGAAUCCUGCGUCACGGCGAUCUACGACGCGCCGGCUGGCUCGGCGGUCAGCGAGGAGAGGCGCGGCCACAACUUCGUGGUGACCGCGGACUGGGCCGACGUGAGCGCCGACGAUUACGACUGCGUCGUCGUCCCCGGCGGCCGGUCUCCGGAGCUCCUGGUGACCCACGAGAAGGCGGUGGCGCUCGUCAGGGAGUUCGCGGACAAGGGGAAGGUGGUGGCCGGCAUCGACCAGGGCCACCUGCUCCUCGCCGCGGCGGGGCUCCUCAAGGGCAAGAAGUGCGCGAGCGGGGUGCCCAUGAGGGUGAUCUCGAGGCUGGCCGGCGCGGAGGCCGUGGAGCCCGAAGGGGCCGUCGCCGACGGGAAGCUCGUGACAGCGGCGAGCUGGCCUGACCUUACGCAGUUCGUGGCUCACCUCGUCGACCUCCUCGGCAUCACCGUCUCGUUCUGAAGUGGCAUUGCAUUUCUGCUCUGCAUCUCUGUGAGCACUGAACAGUGAACUCUGAGCACCGCCGAGUUCUGAACUGCGCCCCUGUUUUUUUGAGAGAGAAAUCGUAUCUUUUUGAACAAUAAAAGCUGCAUCUUUCAUCGGUGCAUCACUGAAUUGCUGACAGUUCUGAAUCGCCAUAUGAACUGAACGCUAGUUAGAGCUGAACUGGUGACUCUGACGAACUAUGCACUUGUACUGUCAAUAAGAAACUCGCUGCACCACUUGUCUCAUCUCAAAAAAAUAUUUCCUGU